CCAUUAUACAUCAUUUUCAAUUUUUUAGUUUAUAAUUUCCAUUGAAUUGCUAUUGAACGGAAAGAAAAUGUUGCAUUUUCUAAACUUAAAGUAUUCUUUGGUGCUUCUAUUUUUGGUUCAUACAGUACUGGCCGAAGUGAAAUGGUACACCGCUCCAGAUGGCAAUAGAUAUAUGGUCGAUGAUGAAAAUACGUACAAUUGGUAUGAGUCCCUAGCGGAAUGCACCAAGAGAGGUCUAACUUUGGUCAGCAUUAACAGCGAUCAGAAAAACGAUGCUUUACUAACUGGAUUGAGACAAUUAAAUAAAUAUGAAUUCUGGCUCGGUGGCGUAGCUACCAAUUAUCGGAAUCGUGGUGUGGUUUUCCGUUGGAUUUCAAGCGGCGAAGAUUUCGACUACACCAACUGGGCCAACAAUGAACCGAAUGGCAAUGGUGUUGAGGUAUGCGUUCACACUUCGAAUUCUAAUUAUCGUUGGAAUGAUCGAGAUUGUUUGAAUUCGAAAUUCAAUUUACUUUGCGAAGAAAAUCCAAACGUCAAAGAACUAAAGAAAUUCAUUAGUCUGAUGGAAGACUAUAUACAUGGCAUUUUGAAUAUAUAAAUUCAUUUUCUUAGUUGUUUUAAUUAAAACAUAUUAUCUGUUUAAAUGACAAAA